CUUGACUCCACCUCAUGAUGCCAUUUAGCAACAGAUGAGCAGCGUUUCAUGAUCAUUUUAGGGCAGCCAGACUCACAGAUUCCCAUCGCCAGGUCUGCCAUAAAGGGGAAUCCUCCUGCCUGUGUAAUGUGUGACAGGGCCGCGGUGCCCUUCCCCUCUCGGACAGUGUUUCCAGCGGCUCUCUGAACCUAAACCCGGGUGUGUUUGUAGCUGGCGGUGAGUUUCUGUGGUGGUGGUGGUUCACCAUGGAGGUGUUCUGGAUGGUACCGCUGCUGCUGAUUCCGCUCCUGAUGUGGUCGAGCACCACCUUUGUUUUUUAUUUCAAAAAGUGCUUUUACGUCGCCUGGAUGAUGUGCUUGGCCUUGCUUGCGAUUCCCUUGUGUAUACUGAAAAGCGGCGGCAGAGAUGUGGAGAACAUGAGGAUUAUCCGCUCUCUGGUCCGUCAUGUGAAGUAUUUACUUGGUCUUCGGUUCCAAGUGAGCGGCUGGGAACAUCUGCAGACGGAGGGACCCUACGUCAUCAUCUCCAACCACCAGAGCUCUCUGGAUGUCUUAGGUCUGAUGGAGAUCUUACCAGACCGCUGCACCAUGAUCGCCAAGAAGGAGCUGAUCUACGCCGGCACUGUGGGUCUCAUCUGUUGGCUGGGAGGCAUCGUCUUCAUCAACCGCAAGAAGACGAGCGACGCCAAGAGUGUCAUGGCCGAUGCUGCCAAAACUAUGCUGGACGACAAGAUUCGUCUGUGGGUGUUUCCAGAGGGAACGCGAAACCAGAGAGGCGACCUGCUGCCCUUCAAAAAAGGAGCUUUCCACCUGGCUGUGCAGGCACAAGUGCCCAUCAUCCCUGUGGUUUUCUCCUCCUACAGCAAUUUCUACCUACGGAAAGAAAAGGAGUUCAAAUCGGGCACCAUCAGAUUGAAGAUCCUUCCAAAGAUCGAGACAAAGGGGAUGACGUCAGACGAUGUUUCAUCCCUCUCUGACAAGUCCUUCAGCCUGAUGCGCUCUGCCUUCUUGAACGUCUCGGAUUCUGUAGUCCAGAGCAACGGGCCGUCGCGGCACUGAACAUUUGCCAUUAAACUCCCACCUCUUCUCUCUUCCAUCCCCCUCCCCCCAAAGACCCCCCUCCUCCCCUCUGCUCCCCCCCCCACAUUACCUGGCCAGGAAAAACAACAUGACACAGGUCUCUCUGUCAUGAUAGCUCUUCUUGUCUAGUUGACGCCUGGUCUGGCCCCAGACCACACAGCACAGCCGGUCCUGACCCUCACCGAGUCUGCAGCGCUGCUCUGCAACACCGGGAGCGGAGUGACGGACGGCGAGCCAAGCAGUAUGGAUGUGUGUUGUUCAUCAUGCAUGCCUUUUUUUUUUUUGUUUGUUCUUCUGGGACGGCACUGUCCGCCCUCAUCUCAGCUUUACUUUUGUCUCACUUAACCGCCAUUUUUUACUUUAACUUUAAGACUUUUUUUUUUCUGCUUUUUAGCUGAUAAACUGGCAUUUUCUCAACCCUGUGCACAAAUGCCAGUCAAUCCCAUGCUUCCUUUGUUUGAAUAAUUUCUAUAUAAACACACCUUUUCCUUCCUUCCUCUCCUUUUAGUAUCAUCCCCCCCCCUCCCCCCUUUUCUGCAUUCCAGUCUCUUGCCUAAAGACAAAUGGAGCGGGGUCUCCAUGAGCGGUGGAGGCGUAAAAAAGUGAAAUGUCGACACGGGUCGGCUACGGACUUGUUUCGUUCUGUCGCUUUGAACUCCAUCACUCUAUUUUAAGUCUAAAAACAAGAAGUUGGAGGGUUACACGAUGCAGCGUAUAACAAUAGCACCCAUCUGUACUGAUGUACUGGACUCAAGCAGACAGAUCAGUUUUCAAUGUUGUGCAUUGUUGGUGUAUCAUUGUGCGUUCUCUCUUCUGAAACAUUAGAAACAAUCUGCGCGCAGCUUCCAGCAGCAACUGUCCUCUUGCUGCAGUCUGUGUUUCUGUUUUCUAUUUAUUUCUCAAUCAGGUAGUGACUUCUAUUUUUUCUUUAUCUUUUUUGGAAGGGAUUUUUUUUUCCUCGGACUGAACUCAGAAGAGGAAACUAUUUAAGAUGUGUCAAAAAAAAAAGGUGAUUUCAUUCUGUGUAAUGUCAAAUUACUGCUCCAAAGUGCAAGCUACCUGCUGUGCCAUGAUGACGCCAUGUUUUGGGGGAAAUAUCAAAUGAAAGCUCAUUAAUAUGAUCCUGCUUCUUUAAUCUACUCACUGGUUACAGGUGAUGCAAGUUUCCUUCUCCAGUGGGGGUAGAUUUUGCUUUAAGUAGAGGGGAAAACUUUAAAAAUGAGUUCAGCUUUUUAUUAUUUUUCCUUUCUGAUUUUAUUUGUUCUGAUACAUUUCACUAAUUGACUAACAAUCCUGGCGAGUCUACAUCUCAGAGAGUUCUUUUUUAUUUUAAAUCAAUACAUGUGAACAUUGUUUUAUUUGUGAUGUUCACAUGAAGAUAUAAUUCCCUUCAUGGGAAAGUAUUUAAAGUUGUGGGAUUUUUGGCCUUAAAUUUAAAUGAUUUGUUGUUGCACUCUGGAUUGUUCGGCUAGUUCGCUGAUAUCAAAUUCAAUUUUUGUAAAAUGUGAACUGACGAUAACUUGCUAACCAGGUAGAAUCGACUGAACUGUGUUUUAUUUUACAUGCAGGUCUUAAGUUUCACAUUACUCACUGCCUUUUACAACCUGAUUCCUUCACCACUCUUGCCCAUCAAACCCCAUCUGAGAAUGUAUUUUAGCAUUCAGGACAUUUGUGUACUAAUUACUAAUUGUGCUUAUUGCAGAUUAUUUUAUGAUAUUACUGUAUUAAAGUGGGAUGUUGAGGUGCAUUUGGCAUUAAACAGAGGAAAUGUAUUUAUAUUUAUUUGACCAUUAAAUGUUAAAUUUAGACUGCACACCCGGAUGGAUCCUUAGUUUGGUAUAAAGUAUUCUGCUGUUAAACAGUAGUUUUAGUGAAAACCUGCUGGGCCAUUGGAUUUUUAAUACAUGUGGUGGUCAUUUAAGUUCAAAACCAAAUUUUAAUUUAUGUCCCCAAGUGAUACACACUAAUACAUUUCUGUAUUUCCUCUUAGUUUAAACAUAUUUAUUGAGUUUCCCUGUGUUAAAGAGCAGAUUUUACCUUUGCAGAAAGUGGUUUUGAAUGUUAAAAAGUGCUCUACCAAAUUGAUUUCUCCCAAACUUUGAACUACACCAUAUGAAUUUUGCUCAUGGAGAGUUCUAACCAUUGAUUUCCUGCUGAGGUUAUUUUGUAAUACAGAUGUGUGAUUUUUAAGCUUCGUUGUCAUCAGCUUGAACUCUGUGGCUCUGCAACAAAACCUGCUGGUUGAACUGUUUUGAGCACUUGUUUACGAUCUAAUAUGUCAAAUAUUGGAAAAGUAUUCUGAACCUUAAUAAAGCACUUUUCAUGCUGAGUUUAGGUGGAAAAAUAUAAAAUAAAAAUAAAAGGACUUUGAA